UAUUGGUAGGAAUGUGCUUGCAUGAAAACAAUGCAGUUUAAAAAGAUAAUUAAGAUACUCUUGCGGUUUCUGUGAAUGGGUGUGGCAGACUAAACAACACAAUUUAAACCUUUAUUUGUAUUUACUGAGCAGCCACAGAGAAUGGGGCCUUUGCUAAAUAAAAACCUUUAUACGAGCAUGAUUAAAUAAAAGUUGUGGCAUAGACCAUUAAACAAUGUGCAAUAACCUGUUGACAGGACAUUACCAAACAUAGCGAUUUAAAUAUUUUAAGAAGAAAUUUAUGCAUGUGCAGAAGUCCAGGACUUCAACACUGAUUGUCUCCUCUGGCUGAUCUCAAAUUUUACAUUUACAUUUGCGGCAUUUAGCAGAUGUAAAUGUAAGUGUAAAAUUUGAGAUCAGCCAGAGGAGACAAUGUUUGGUAAUCAAGAUCGCUAUGUUUGGUAAUCAAGUUUGGAAGCGUGAAUUAUUUGAGUUGUAGUAGGAAAGGGAGGGAACUGACAUGUAACAGGUCACACAGGUAGGUGAGGUUUCGUUUCCGUGUGCUUUGCUCUUACUUCAAUAAAGACAAUUACAUUACGUCAUAACCAGAGAGCAUGAAAAUGAAUUUGUGGAAAGGCACCUGUGUUUUAUGUGGUCUACUCCUCAAUUCUACAGGAUCAUUCGCCCAGGUAGAUGGGUGUGGUCAGGCUCCACUUAACACCAAGAUUGUGGGUGGUCAAGAUGCUGUUCCUGGGUCCUGGCCUUGGCAGGUUAGCAUUCAAACAGGUGGCAGACAUUUCUGUGGUGGCAGCUUGAUCAAUCAGAACUGGGUCUUAUCAGCUGCUCAUUGUUUCAAAAGCGUUUCUGCAGGUUCUCUCACACUCUUACUGGGAAUGAAAAAUUUGAAGGAGAGUAAUCAAAAUAUUCAGGCAAAAAGCGUGACUAAAAUUUUCAUCAACCAGCAGUAUGACACAGUCUCCCAAAACAAUGAUAUUGCACUAAUCCAGCUCUCCACUCCAGUGACGAUCAAUGAUUAUGUCAGGCCGGUGUGCCUCGCAACAAACAACAGUUCUUUCCCUUCUGGUAUUAAUGUCUGGGUCACAGGAUUUGGUCGAAUCUCUUCAAAUGUGAAUCUGCCAUCUCCUCAAACCCUGCAGGAGGUGCAGCUGCCAAUUGUCAAUAACAGUGACUGUGCAAAGGCAUAUAAAGCGGUUUCUAUCACAGACAAUAUGUUGUGUGCUGGAUUUACUCAGGGAGGAAAAGACUCAUGCCAGGGUGAUUCGGGAGGUCCACUGGUGUCCACGUCCAGUGGAGCAUGGACUCAGGCUGGGAUUGUGAGCUUUGGCAAGGGUUGCGCUUUACCUAAUUUUCCGGGUGUGUACACCAGAGUGUCUCAGUACCAAGACUGGAUUUACAGCACCAUCAACAGCACCAGCAGCACCAGUGGCUCCACUAUACAUCUCCUUUCUUUCUCCAUCAUCUCCUUUCUCCUCUUUCUCUAAAUCUUCCUUAGAUAUUAGCCAAAUUAUACAGGGCAAGACAAGAAACAUUUUAUUUGUGAAAUGUGAAACAAGUGAAAAAUAAUUGGCAAUUUAAGCAUUGGUUUCUCUGUCUUUUGGCAUAAUUACAACAAUUAAUGCAUACAUUGCAUAAAAAGCUUCUUUUUCCCCUUUUAUUUGUAAACUGUAUGAUUUAUUAAGCACAAGUUUUCUUUAUUAUUGUAGAUCCAAUAAAUAUGAUCCUUAUAAACAAAAA